UGUCGAUGGACUGUCUCGCCUUGAGUGCGUUGCAUGCUACGCCCAUGGGUAGACCAACCAAGCGCCUUCACCAUUCCCGCGGUUAUUUCCAUGGAACCGAAUCUCGGAAGCUCGCGCGCAAGGCAUUCGCGGAGAGGUGUCUACGCCGGCUCCUCUUUGUUCACCACCGGCGGCCGACAGUUUGGAGCCCCUAGGAAGAUGCCGACGACGACGCUGUCGGAAUAACCGCGUAUACGCGUCGGCGAAGCUCCACCGACCUGCAGAAGCGCAUCCGGCCCGGCUCGAAACGGGAGCAACUUCAUGAACGCUGCGCCGGUUUUAUUUUUUUGCGUGCCGGCGUGUCGUUCGCGCUUUUGAACGCGGUUGCGGCAAUUAGGGGAAACACGGAGCGGUUUUGAUUCGAUCGUCCGCGAGCGUGGGCCGUUCUGGAGCUCGUGUUGCGCGUGCCAGGUCACCGGUGACAGGGACGGGGCAACGGCGGCGAAGACGGCGCCGGACAGAGCGACGCCCAGGCCAGGGAAGUAAGCAAGAAAGCUGUGCUGGAAGAAGGAGUGGGUGGGUGGGAGAUAAGGAACCGUUUUAAGGAGGAAGUUGUGGCCGUAAUGAGCGAAGAUUCCUCCGCCUAAUGUGGAACGAAGGUCGGACGGGGGUUCGCUGUUCCGCGCAACUCGAGACGGUGAAGGCGAGCUGACGGGGAAAGCCGCUUUGCUGGGGCCAAACGACGACCUGCGAUGAAGGACCGGCGACAGGAAUCAUGCAUCUUCUUGCUGACGCUUUGUCUUGCAACGAACGUCGUUAGCGCUAUACGAAAUGACCAACUCGAGAGGCUCGAUGACUCUGCCGUCACAGACGACCAAGACUUGUCCGCUGGAGUCCUGGGAAGGAUAGUGGGCGGUAAACUUCCGUCAGUGAUCAUCCGACAAGGAGAAUCGGGCGCCUUGACCACGCCAACCUCGACAGCAGUCAAGAGGAGCACCAUGCCACUGAUGCCACCUCAGAACAUGCGAGUCCAGGGUAACCUUCCUCUGGCGGGAGCUUCGAAAAAAAGGCCCAUGACCUCCAUGUCUCGACCUCCAACGCGACGCCCUCCCGGAACUGAGAAGCCAGACUCCAGCAACUGGCAUCCAGUCGUGUCGUCUUCUGGGUCAGCUUCCCAUGUUGGGAAUGGAAUGAACGGUAGACCCGGACAACCGAAUCCGAGACCUGUGAACGUCAUGGGAGGGUUAUGGACGUCAUCCGGGGGUGGGAGUGGAAGUGUCAAACCAACUCGUCAUGGCUCGCCGGCCGUUGUUCCACAGAAGACACCGGCUUCAUCGAGUGGUUCUCUGCCUGACCAAAAGAGGCCAUCUGCAGGACGGCCGUCACUGAACGGACCUCAUCGUCCUACAGACAUAGGAACAUCGCAACAGAGCCCGGACUACCGCCCGAAUUCACCAGAUGUCCAGCCCAACUACAGACCCAGUGGCUUCGUUCCAGACAACUCAAGACCCCUUAACAUACCCAUAUCAGAAGCAAAUGGUCAAAGCCCGGGGCUUUCAGGAAUUGACCAAGGUCGCAGAGGAAUUGGAAGCGUCGGGCCCCAUUACUCCGGUGCUGGUCCGCCCAGAUCGGAACAAGAACCAUCAGGGCAGGGGUUUCCGGCAUCAGAGUUUUCCGGGGCCGGACAUGCUCGUCCGGAAUUUUCCGGUCACGGAUUUACGGGACUCUCACGUCCGGAACUUUCAGGAGCCGGACAACCCGGUCCAGGGUUUUCAGGUCCAGAAAUAUCGGCACCAGGACAUCCGGACAGGGGAUUGUCAGGUUCAGAGUUCUCGGGUCAAGGAGGAGGGAUUGACAGGCCUCAGACAGGAUUUCCAGGAAUUCUGCCCCAACCGAUACAGAAUCCUAUUCUUGAUCCCAACUUCCAGUUUGGAGGUGGUGCUGAACUACCUUUUGGAGCUGGGCUAUUCAAUCUGGGAGUGAUGAAUAUCCAAAAACAGGUCGCGGCUGCCUCGGCUGGUUCGCUCGGCGGAAACUUUGGUCCCAAUCUUGGUGGGUUUGGGCAGAGUUCAACCUUCGGACAGACCUCGAGUUUUAGUUACUCCGAUGGUAAGGCGGCAGCUAAGAAACGUUAAUCUUCGGGCCGGCUUAAAAGGCAUGUACGCCCCCUAAUCUUUAGAUAUGUGUUGUCAGUACGUAUAAAAUACAAACGUUGUUAUGCUUUGUAUUCUUGAAAUUCUGAAGAUACAGAUGAUCUGACGACAAAAUAUGCGUUUGCAUUGCAUUUUAAGACCGAGGAGCAAGAUAAAAUAAAAAACAGCGAUUCGUUAUAGAAUUGUUGGGUUUGUAAUAUGCUUUUUAUGGGCAUUAGGUUUGUUCUUGAUCGUAUGUACUUAGGCGUUAUACUUUCUAAAACAGAGGUAUUAACUACCUGCAAUAGUGAAAUAAAUAUUAAAAUAUUAGAAUUUGGUUUUGAAAUUUACCUAAUUAUUAUAAGGUUAGAAUACAAUUGAACUAUUUAAUUGUCAAAUCCAAGUUUCUCGAAAUACUGGCGCUGUACUGUUCUUAUGUUAAACCGUUUUAGACAAAAAAUAAAGCUUCUUUCUACUACGUA